AUGAAUGCGUGGCAGCUUCCACAAAGCCGGAUCUGCGGCGUCGGCCCACAUUCCACGCAGAUUGGGGGUGCGCGGUCGUCCGGUCGAGGGUGGCAGCUCGGUCGGGAGAGCCCAACGGGUGGAUCGCUUCUCCCGUGCAGCUCUGCAGCCAGCUCUGUCGUCCUUGCAUCCGUAUCGCGCAAAGCAUUUCGUGGCAGACGCUACAGGUGCAAGUGUGAGGCAUCGCCGGGCUGUGUCUCAGGAGCUAUGAAGCUUCUUGUGGAUGCAGAUAGCCAUAGUGUUGAAGAAAUCAAGGAUGUCAUCAACAGGCUGGAGGAGACUGGCAAGGUGGUGUACACAACCGUUUUCGCAGAGCCUCGUCGCAUCAACAAUAAGAAGUGGAGCCAGUUCUUCCAAGAUCGCAAGGUGACGUUCCAGCCUGUUCAACGCAAUCCAAGCCGAGUUGGAGAAGCCAAUGAUGAUGUGAUCGACAGAGCAAUCCGGACGUGUGACAAGGGGCAAAGCCUGGCGCUCCUGACGUCCGACCUCGAUUUUUCAGAGGCCAUUAAAGACGCAACGGACACUGGCAAACGGGUCGUAGUCUUCGUUCCAUCAAAGAUGCUCACAGUCAUCGAGCGCUUUCGGCGUAUGGGGGUGGAGGUUGAAGCACUACCCCGUCGUGUAUCCGUGUUUCCGAGAGUACGCGCGAUUUUGCGUGCAGACGGCAACGGGCAUGUGCAGCUGGGUGACGAAUGUCGCCUCCAGACCAAUACUGACACUGCCGAAGCUUGCAAAAAUAUGUUGGGUGACCUGGGCUAUUUCUCUCCAACCGCUGGCGAGAGGGAAUGGGAAUAUCUGGUUCACUCCACAACUAAGUUCUGGCUCACGAACGAGUUGGGCUCAAUAACUGUUUUUCCUCCGUCAAUCGGCAUUACCCAAGUCUUGGAUCAAAUGCGGGGGAGUGGUAGUAAAUCAUGGCGGAGGUAUUCCGACAAUAUGGCAUUUUUCCUGCGCAAAUCUGCGACUGAUCGAAGGCUGACCAGCAAGACGCAAAUUAGAAAGUUCGGCACGGGCGUUGCAAAGGCUCUCUUCAUGGGAGGUGGCCCGUUCUUGCUCAACGACUCAACAAAUCUUGUAUACGAAGCUCUGAGAAGGCUGGGGUAUAUGGACAACGACAUGAACACAAACCUCCGGGAAGCCAUGCUUGUGUUCGUGAAUGUCCCAAGCCACAAACACAAACUGCGGAAGCAGCUGGAUUCGCUCCCUACGGAAACAGACACAGCUGCGGAGGUCGAAGACAAGCUUCGGCAUGCUUUUCUCUCGCACUUGACAGAUGGCCAGUGGAGACUUCCCCGUAGGGAUGUCGAAAUACGGAAACGCCUCCGCAAGGAGGGUUUCUUGGCCGACACAAAGGCAGCCCGCAGAGAUGUUUUUGGUGGAAUGGUCAAGUAUGCGAGGCGGCAUCAGCUCCCCGAGAUGAAAACCUACAACGGAUAUGUUUUCCGUCUUCUAUAUCACAUGGAUUCAAGCCCGAACAAGACUGGAGCCAUUGAGAUCAUGCAGUGA